AUGCCAAUCACCCCACAGCAUCCCCGCCAGAAUGUCGGCCCCUUCAUCGACAAUUUGAAUCACCUCUAUGGUCUUGAAAUUCCCAAUCCGAAGAUUUCUUCCCCAUCAGCUCUGGAAACCCAAACCUCGCUUCGCUGGCGGGCAUACAAGGGUAUCAAGAGACUGUACUACCAGCGCCGCCCCGGCCUCGAUCGCUUGAUCCAUGGAUUCGCCGAAUGGGUGGACGGGCAGAGUCAGCCCCGUCCGAGUGCGCACGCGACACGAGCCAGACGCAAACGCAGCGAAGAGCCUACGAUUCUGAGCGACCAGGAGAGAAAUAAGAGACUGGAGUAUUUGCAGAAACUAGUCGAAGAUGAGAUCUGGGAAGCGGAUGGUGGGACGUUGAGGGCGAAACGUGUCUCGGAGAGUUCGACAGAUCAAUCUGCGCAGUCGGGUUCACCUAAGAAGCGGAGAUUAUUUGAAGCAGAGGAUGAUGGAGAUGACGAGUUUCACACCGCGCCUAACUCGCCCACGAAAGCAGCCGGGCCUGUCCGAUCGCCUGGCCUUGACUUGACGAAACUCGAGUUGGCUAUGCAGGAUGGAGUGAAUGAGUUGGAUGGUCUUGAAUUCGCCGCUCCUGAUGCUCGAUUCGAGAGGAUGAGACCGCCCUCCAGCUUCGUUGAGAGGUUGACUGCAUCCCAGCCUGCUCCCCGCAGGGACCCUAUCAAGCGGUAUGAUGCGGUGCCUACCAGGGAAGAACUCGCCACAAGCUUUAUGACAACCACCUCGGUUUCGUCGGUCUUUACAUCUCGAUUGAAUCGGUCUUUUGAUACGGAUAUCACGGAGCCACUUGCGACUCAAUCAAGCUACACAGAUUCCGUAGUAGGCUGGAUGGAGCGAACCAUGGACGCGAGCUUCGAAGAUCAAACCAUGACCGAUGUGGAAGAGCAGGACGAAAAGAGCGCGAUACGUGAUAACCUCGUUGAUAAUCUUCUUCGGCAUGGACCUUUCUCAUUCGAGCAAACGCUCAGCGAGAAGAUCCCCUUGCGAUUCCGGUAUGAAUUGGAGCGGGUCGGGCGAGCGUGGAAUGUUCCUCUUAAGAAUAUGCUCAAGGGUGAUAAAGCUCCGUUUGCGAGCCAGGAUUCAUUCUGGGAGUGGAUUACCCUCAACCAUACCCAGCGCUGUGCUCGUCCAGUCCCAGAGCGAUCACCAUCCAAGGCUUGGGAUGCAGCCGUGGACGAGUUCAAGACUGAGAAAGCUUCCGAGGUGGUCAUCAUGUCCGGCAAUCUCGAGUGGUGCUCGGAAUCCGAGCCUGGAAUUCUCAAAUUGAACUUCGGUCCCUUGAAAACGGACAAGACGUGUCGAUUUCAUCGGAGAUUUGGGUCGGAUAGGUUCAUGACACUUACCCUGCCGGCCCCGGCUCGGCCACCAAAGUAUCUCCAGUUCCUCGACCAUCCAAGCGUGCUUCGAGAAAGUAUCGCUUUCUGGCUUACCCGUCAUGACCAUAAAUGUCUAGGCCGAACUUGGAGGCCAUUCUUCGUGGAACAGGGAAAGUCCAAGGGCAAAGAUAGAAAGGACCCCCAUUUUCGCAUCGACUUCUUUGCUGUGGACGGAAUGGAUUUUAUUCACAGCCGUCUCCGAAUGAAUCCUAUUGCACCUCCGCUCCAGAAGAGCGAUUCUCAUUCUCCAAUGAGUGUGGAUAAUUUGCUUGAGUGGCACAUGUCCUCUGCAGCAAACAGUGGUCAGAGCAACUGUAAGCUCUUCCAGCGUAUCUCCCUGGGCCUGUCCAAGACAUUUGCCUCUGUGACUCUGAGACCGUCUCAAGUGGUCCGUCUGAGAGAUGACCCCUCGCGAAAACUUCAAAUGAAUGACGGUUGUGCACUGAUGUCCAGAGGUCUGGCGAAUGCCAUCUGUGAUAAACUUGGCAUCACCGGUGCCACUCCGAGUGCAUUCCAAGGACGUAUUGCCGGAGCUAAGGGACUUUGGAUGGUGGAUAGACAUGCAUCCUCCCUUCGCAGUUUCAGCGAGGGCGAGGGCAACGAUAUCUGGAUCCAGAUAUCCGAUACUCAAUUGAAGAUCCACCCACAUCCUCAAGAUUGGAGUGAAUCGUUUGACCCUGAGCAAUUGACAUUCGAGGUUGUCAAGUGGUCCAAACCAUUGAACCCCGUUGAUCUAAACAUCCAACUCUUGACUGUUCUCGCACAUGGGGGAAAUUGCCGAAACUACGUUGCCGAGUUAACAAGAAAGAGCAUUCGGGAACCGUUUGAGAAACUGGCGGAUGUGCUCGAUCGCAACAGCAACGUUGCUUGCCGGGCUUUACUUCAGGAUCUACGGCCCUCUGGUGAAAAUGUAGCCAACAAAGCCCGACAGCUGGAUCAGUGGGUGGCUAAUGAUGCUGAAUUCAUCAUGCACUUGUGCGAGGCGGGUUUCGCUCCACAGACAUUCUACCCUCUGCGCAAACGUCUGCGUUACUUCUUGAGUGAUCUUCUUGGUCGGUAUACGGAGGACCUUCAUAUCCAAGUUCCACUUUCGACGUAUGCCUUUUGCAUCGCUGAUCCGUACGAAGUUCUCGAACCGGAUGAGGUUCAUUUUGGAUUCUCCAAGAAUUGGAAGGAUCCUGAUGGCCAGUUUGAAGAUAACCUACUAGAGGGUAUGGAUGUUCUUGUCGGCCGACUUCCCGCUCAUGUUCCGUCUGAUAUCCAGCGACGUCGGGCAGUUUGGAAAAGCGAGCUUCGUCAUUUCAAAGAUGUUAUUGUUUUCCCCACGAAAGGAGAUCAACCCCUGGCUGAUAUGCUUUCCGGUGGUGACUACGAUGGCGAUACGCCGUGGAUCUGCUGGGACCCGAAGAUUGUGCAGGGUUUUCGGAAUUCCAAGAUGCCGACGGAAACCUUCCCGUUUGAUCACUUUGGUCUGACGAAGUACUCCAUCCCUAUGUCCGAGGUACAUUCUACCGAGGAAUUUCUACAGGGUGCCUUCGAGUUCAAUCUUACAGUGUCGAAUCUCGGACGAUGCACCGUUGAGCAUGAGAGAAUUGCUUACCAUCAAUCCCUCGAUUGCCCCCAGGCGAAAGAGCUUGCCUGUCUACUCAGUCAUCUGGUUGAUGGACGGAAAGGCGGCGUUCAUCUCUCGGAGCAGGCAUGGCAUGUAUUCCGCAAGAAGAUCAGUCCACGUGGACGACCUCCUCCCGCGUACCGAGAUUCGGACAAAAUGCCAAAGUUGAACAAUAUCAUCGAUUACCUCAAGUUCCAAGUUGUCUCAAAGGAGCGAUACAAAAUCCUGGCUGAACUUGAGAAACGGUUCCCCGAAUCACAGUCGUCUGACGAGGUAGACGGCGAUUUACUUCGCCCGUGGAUCGAGGCUUCAGAAGCAGCCAAGAUUGACCAGGAAUCCGGCGGCGAUCUUACCCUCGUUCUAGACCAAGUCGCCCAAUCCAUCGAAAGACUACACAGAGACUGGAUAACUAUGAAAAAGGACGAAAUACCCUACAGCAUUCGAAUCCGGCAAACAACCGAAAGCGCCCGAGCCUUGUCACCCCCAGAAGUAGGAUCUCAUCCUCUGGCGCAUACAUGGCGGCAAAGCGCCUACAAAUGGCGCUGUCUACUUGCUUCAUGUGCCUACCGACGACACAGAAACUCAUUCUUCCCGUUCCAGGCCUUCGGUGAUACACUGUGCCAAUUGAAGGCUUCUACCGUUCCAUCUCGAACUAUCACUAAUGAAGUUGUGGCCUGUUUGCGGGUUAACCAGAAGAUGGCAUGGCGCCUUGUCGCGGGUGAAUUACUUGUGCAUAAUGCCGAGGUUGAGGAUAGUCAGUAUGAAGGGGAGGAUGCUAUUUUGGAGGCGGUUUUGAUGAGUCAGGAUGCGAAGUACUUUGAUGAAUUGGAUGAUGGGAUGUCGGUGGAGUGA